AAUCACAAAGAGGAUUGGAGCUUCACUCCGAGCGCUCCUUCCCUUCUCCUCCCUCUGUGACAGCCUCUUGGAGAGAGGGACACUGGAGGGGUGUGUUUGCAAUUUAAAUCAUUGGAUUUUUGCCCACCCUCUUUCCAAAUAAGAAGGCAGGAGCUGCUUGCUGAUGUGUAAAGGGUCUUCUGAGCUGCAGUGGCAAUUAGACCAGAAGAUCCUCGCUCCUGUCUCUAAAGAGGGGAGAGGGCAAGGAUGGUGGAGGCUUUCUGUGCUACCUGGAAGCUGACCGACAGUCAGAACUUUGAUGAGUACAUGAAGGCUCUAGGCGUGGGCUUUGCCACUAGGCAGGUGGGAAAUGUGACCAAACCAACAGUAAUUAUCAGUCAGGAAGGAGACAAAGUGGUCAUCAGGACUCUCAGCACAUUUAAGAACACGGAGAUUAGUUUCCACCUGGGAGAAGAGUUUGAUGAAACCACUGCAGAUGAUAGAAACUGUAAGUCUGUUGUUAGCCUGGAUGGAGACAAACUUGUUCAUGUACAGAAAUGGGAUGGCAAAGAAACAAAUUUUGUAAGAGAAAUUAAGGAUGGCAAGAUGGUUAUGGUAAGUAAUGACAAUUCUCCAUUCUUCCUUGUUUUUUACUCCUCUCCCCAUACCUCUCACCUCCUUCCCUCUUCCUUCCUCCCCCUUCCAUUCUUCCUCCUUCCUUCCUUCUUUAAUAAUACAUUACUGGCAAGGUUCUUUAACUAUAUAUAAAACAGGGGAAAUAAAAAGAUCCUAGUUAAUUGUCUUCUUCAGCUCAACAUUUUUGAUUGCAGAAAAAGAGAACAUUUCAUGUGUAGUUAAAAAAAUAAAAGUUGCCAUUGAUUUGCCUAAAACUGUGUCAAAAGAUUUUUUUGUAGGAUAACUAUGGAUGUCUCUCAAAUAAAAUUUAAAGCCCAUAAUCACUGAAAUAUAUAAAGAUAAUUGCUAUUAUAAGAGAAUCUCAGACAGAUGACUUUAUGGCUCCUGUAAUAAGAGAUCUGUAGCUUAUAUUUUAAUUUAUAAAGUUACAAAAGUUCAGUGCAGAUACUUUAGAAUAUAACAGAAAAGUAUAAAAAAUGUUAAAAUCUCAUCAGAGAUAACCUUUUUUUUUUUUUUUUUGAAAUGAGGUCUUGCUCUGUCACCCAGACUGGAGUGUAGGGGUGCAAUCUCGGCUCACUGCAACCUCCAUUUCAUGGGCUCCAGCAAUUCAACAACUUCAAUCUCCUGAGUAGCUGGGACUACAAGUGCAAGCCACCAACGCCAGGCUAUUUUUAAAAUAUUUUUAUAGAGACGGGGUUUCGCCAUGUUGCCCAAGCUGGUCUACAACUCUUGAGCUCAAAGUGAUGCUCCUGCUUCCUGCCUCGGCCUCCCAAAGUGCUGGAAUUACAGGCCUGCGCCAAGGCUCCUGACUCCCGUAGAGAACCAUUUUGUAGUUACUUCUUUCCAGUUUUUUCUUGAAUACAUAAAAUGCCUUUUAAACACAUCUAUUUAAUACUAGGUGGCCAUUAAAAAUAUUUUUUUCAAUCACCCUCUUCUAACUUACUAGGAAUUAUCUGUAAAAGAGGAUGUAUUAGUGUCCUAAGGCUGCCACAACAAAGUACCACAAACUUGGUGACUUAAAACAACAAAAGUGAAUUUUCUUAGUUCUGAAGUCUAGAUCCCUGAAAUCAAGGCGACCCUAGUGCCACUGUCCUUCUGCAGGUCCCCUCCCUUGCUUCUUCCUACUUCCUGGGUGGCUCCUGGCAAUCCUUGAGGUUGUUGGGCUUACAGUUGUAUCACUCUGAUCCAUUUCUGACUCCAUCUUUACAAGACUUUUUCCCUAUAUGUUUUUGUCCUAAAUUGAUCAAACAUAAAAUAAUUAACAAAUAAUUUCUCUAAUGAAGGAGUAGUAUCACAAACGAGAAGAAAUAUUAUGCCUUGACCAAGCCCUCCUCAGACACUUUUUGUGUGACCUGCAAGGGUAUAUUGAUGAUACUGACAUAGGUGGUUAGGCUCAUUCAAUUUUAGAGGAGGGUGUGAGAAUGCUUUACACGGUCCUUGUAAGAUGACAGCAGAGAAAGUUUUGUUGUUUAAGACUGGGGACUCAUGUUUCCUUCUCCAUUUGACUACUGCAAUGAGCACUGUUCUACACUGAGAUAUUCAUGCUUCUGUGGAGAUGGAGGUGGGGAGCAGAGGGACAGUUUUCCUUUCAUGUUAAAGGACAUUUGCUCACAUUCUUUGGCAACAAUCGACAAAAGAAAGGACUCAUUUCUAAAA